AUUGCUAUUUUAAUUUUUUAUUGAUAGGGAUUAUAGUCACUAGGUAUGAAGUCUGGUGUACUCGAAAUUUUGAAGAUGCGACUGAAUUCGAUUUAAUCCAGAAAAGUGAAGGGUAUGAAUGCAUGAAAUGUUGAAAAACCCGUGCAUAUAAGGGAAACGCAUUCAAUAAAUAAGCUGUGCCCAAAAAAACUGGAGAUAUCCAGGAAAAACUGGAGGGUUGGCAACGCUGAGUGUUAUGCUUUAACAGAAAACAAGUGUUCAUACAAUUUUCACUAUUUACAUUUUGUUUGUUCAGAUCGUUCAAAUGGAUGCUGUUAGAAAUAUAGACUACGUAGAUGUGCUGCAGACUAAUGAACAUAAUAAUAAGCUAUUGCUUUUUACUAAAAUUUUAAAGCAGAAAGAUGAUCUCAUACAAUUGUUGGUUAAGGAAAAAGAUAUAUUAGAAAACGAAAAAAAAAAGGUGCAAGCGGAAUUCAGUGCAGCGAUUCGGGACAAAGAAAACAUAGUCAUAAGAUUUGCGACUGUUGAGAAGAAUGUGCUAGAUUUGAAGGAAACACUGGAGUCAACUGAAAAGCAAAAAAAAAAAAUACAAAAAGAGUAUGAAUUGUUAAAUGAAAAAUUUAUAUUAGCUAAAGAUGAAAAGUUGCGUGCUGACGCGGCUCUGAAUACAAAAGUUCAGGAACACAAAAAUAAUAUUCAAUAUAUUGAAAGAUUGCGAAACGAGAUUUCAUCACUGGAAACAAAAUACAAAUGGAAUACCGUAAAACUCAGGCAAGAAAUGAACAGUAAACAGGUGAACCAAGUUACUAUGGAAAAUGAUAGCGCUGUGAAAAAUGAUAGAAUCAUCGCUUUGGAAAAAAACUUAGAAGAAACCACACGAGCUUUCAAAGAAGUUUCGUUAUUGUUGGAAAACAACAUAAAAAAGGUAAAUGAUCUUCAUCAAGAGAAUCGUUAUCUGCAACAAAACAUAUUGGAGCUUCAAGAGCAACUAGAUGCAAAAAUGUUGAACAUUACGGAGUUACAGGUGAAGAAUAAUGAGUUUGAAACUGUUAAAACUCAAUACACUUUAGAAAAACGAACUAACAUUGAAAAUACGCAACAUUUUAAAGAAUUGGAAGGUAAAAUUCUGAGUCAAGCAGCAAUUAUUAUUAAGUGUAGUGAUAAAGAAACAAAACUUUUAAAACUGAAUGCUGAGUUGAGUACAUUGAAUGCAAAGUUUUUGAAUGAAUUGUCGCUGCAUAAAUCGAAAACUCUUGCCCUGAUGCUUGACAACGAUUCUGCAAAAGCAAAUCAGCUAGAAUAUGAAUGUAGUAUUCGAAAAUUAAAGAAAGAUCUUGAAUUAGAGCAGAAACACCGUUAUGGUGAACGGCUUUUAAUGGCGAAACAUUUGGCUGCGAAAUCGAAGAAAAUUUACAUUCUUCAAAACAAACUUGAUCAAUUGCAUGCGGAAGCAGUAGUUCACAAGAAGAAAAAUCUGUUGCAGGUUAAGGAUUUUCAACGACAAAUUUCCAUGCUACAAAAGGUUAAUGUGUCACCGAACAGUACGUCUAUGAACAUUGUCAGCUAUUUUUCUGAUAUUCCAAGGCAAUCCGCUAAUGUACUUCAUGAUACGGAUGCGUCUACAACUAAACUGAUAAAGCAAAUUAUUCAAUUACAAUAUUCGAAUAGUCGUUUAGCAAAAAAAAAAAUUUUCUUGAAAAUCAUUCGUCGUCCUUGGUUGCAGAGCUUCGAAACAAUUCAAAUAAUCUCUCCUGUUGGCCUGAGUAAGUGAAACUGUGCCUGUUUUAAGAGUUUGUUUAUCAAUAAUAAACUAAAUAUAUACUGUGUCGAAGAA